AUGUCGACCGGCGAGCGCCUUGCGCGUGUGAGUCGUAUGCGGACGCUGUCAGCGUUGCUAGACGAAGAUUUGGAAGAUGAAGAGAAUUUAUCAGAAGAGUGUUGUGCACUUUUUGCUCACGUGACGGCAGCUGCGUCGAAGGACGUCAAAGGCUUAGACGACGCGGACGAAGCGCCGCACCGUAACGAGUUCCUGUGUAUCGAAUGCGAGGCGCACGAGUCGGAGGUCUUUUGUGAGCAAUGUCAUGACUAUUUCUGCGAGUUGUGCUACGGUGGACAGCAUCGUAAAGGAAAUAGACGGAAGCACACGUUCCAGCCACUUUGUCCGACUUCUAAGGCUGCAAUUGAGGUUAAUGGAACGACGACGAACGUUGAGAUCGAUACGAUGCGAGAAGCAGUUGACUAUCAUAGUGACGAGGAUAAGCUGGACGGAGACACAAGCAGCAGUGAAGAACGAGAUCUUAAUUGCGGUAUGCAUGGCACGGUUGAUCACGACUCAGCUUCAGAUGAUUCUGACUCCAAUGAACCUGCACCACGCCGUAACAUUUGUGACUUGAUGGGCCAUUAUCUGUUAGGUUACCCGUCGCCAGACAGUCCAGUAAGACUUACCAAUGGUAAUGUUAAUGCUGCAAAUGUGGAAGCUGCUGCUGAGAUGCUGGAGCGAGCCAAGUAUAUUCCCCUGCGACUCACAUACGAAGAACGUAAAUUACUGCGUGGCCUGGAGGCAGCGUUGUGUGUGAGUAGCUAUACGGACAAGCUGGACACGCCCAAGUUCCUGCCGGCGGCCAAGCGCGUGCGUGCGCAGCUGCAAGAUGUAUGUGGAUUCCUGUCGGCGUUAGCAGUGGCGUCGGACUACAAGGCUGGACAAGAAAUUCUUGACGAAAAGAAAUUUGCCGACAGUGCCGAGUUCUUUCAGGAGAUUUUUGAACUGGGUAGACGAUACAAGAUUAUGAACCCAGAGAAAAUGCGCGGUGAGUACGGCAAGCUCAUGUAUUUGUUGCAGGACGCUGUGAGUCCGGAGUUGCAGGAACUGUUAGGAUUCUCUUGCCUGCAGAAAAUUCGCACUGUGCACGACGUGGUGGAAGCUGGUGGUGCUUUGGAUAUGUUACGCGAUUCUCGCAUUCAGACUGCGACGAGGGUGGUUGCUCCUGAGGGUAAAUCACGCUCUCAGAUUCAGCGCCAGAUAAAGCAGAAGGAGCAGGCUAUUCAAGCUUUGAGCGACAAGUACGAAAGUCGACAUUUCUCACGUGACUGUCUCCAGCAGUGUUUGUACUCGAUCGCAGAUAACAAUUACCAUCUGUACUUCGAGCGCGACCCGAUCGAUCGCAUGAUUAAGCUUCUCAUUACGAAUUUCAACCCAGACGACGAGGAUGGAGAUAGUUCUUUGGCCAUCAUUAGCGGAAAUGACGGUGCACGAUUGUCCCAUUCGCACGAUCGGCAGUACAACUAUGUGCUUCAGUCACUGACGCUCUGGCGCGAGGUUGCGCAUGACAUGUUCCGCCUGUGGUAUCUGACUGACGAGGACCUACUCACCGAUGGCACACGGUACGAGCUGACGGAUACCGGUCAGGGUCUGCACCGCAUCCAGCCUGCGCCUCGUGUUUCUCGUGCCAUGCACGUUAUUCUUCACUCUACCCAGCGCAGUUUAGACUCGUGGGUGGGCUCAAGUGUCAUCCAUCUUGGAGACAAGAAUGUCCCCAACGCGCUCAUGUUCAUCGACAAGUACACCCAAGUGGGGCAUAUUCUGCGUCCAAUCGUCAAAGCUAUCGAUAGUAUUGAGUCCAUGUGUGAGUCUCCAAAGAUUCGAGGAUAUGUAGACACCACGUUCGGUGGGGCUCGCACGCUGAAGCACACUAUUCUGGCAGACUUCUUUCGCGAAGCUUUCGACGGCAGCGGAGCGGACAAUUUUUUCGAGGCUGGAUCAUGCAUUGAUGGACGACUUACGAGCGCCUGGAAUUGGUGCUCGAACCUCCACACAAAGCCAUUCUUCCCUAUUUUCAAGAUUACAGGCUUUGUAGGCUUUGAUGGCAAGUUUGGAUAG